AUGAAGUGCAAGAUUUGUCCAGAGCACAAAGUGAAGGCUACUUCCUACAAUGUCACUAUGGUUAUCAAUGAAAAUAAAUCUGAAAUAGUGAGCUGUCAGUGCUUGGACUGUGCUGCUUCAGCUGGUGGCUGUAAGCACGCAGUUGCAUUUUUAAUGUGGGCCCAUCGCCGAAGUGAAGAACCCUCUACCACUGAAGUGGAAUGUUACUGGAAAAAAAGCAAUCUCUCUAGAGUCGGGAGCUCCAUGAAAUUUAUAACUUUACAAAAUAUGUGUAAAAAACAAACAGCUAAUUAUGAUGUGAAUGAAGAGCUUUUUAAGGAAUUUGUUCAAGAAGCAAAGAAAAGAAAAAUAACAACCUGUGAGCUUGUUAAAUAUCAAAAAGAGUUUGUUCAUUCGGAUAUUCGCCGGUUCUCUCUGCACCAUUUUGUGAUUCAGUCAAGCGCAGCAAUCAAGAAUGAUGUUAAUAUGUUAAUAGCAUCAUUAACUCAAGAGCUGAAUGCAAAUGUGCUUAAAAAAAUUGAAGAACAAACAAAAUCCCAGUUCAAAAGUCCUCUCUGGUAUGAGAUGAGGUAUGCUCGGAUCACAGCUUCAAAAGCAUUUGAAGUUAUUCGCUGUCAAACUGCUGAUGGCUCAUUAGUAGCUUCAAUAAUGGGAGCCAAAGCGCCAGAUACCGCUGCCAUGAAAAGGGGCCGAAAUUUAGAGAUGACUGUUAUAAAAAUAGCCCAAAAUAAAAUAAAAAGGAAAUUCAAUCCCUGUGGCUUAUUCUUAUCAGCACAACACCCAAUUGUUGCUGCUACACCAGAUGGAAUUAGUAAAGAUGCUGUCCUUGAAGUGAAAUGCCCUACUAGCAACACUACAAAACUAAAUUACAUCAAGAAUGGUGUAGUUAUGCAAAAGUACCUAGCUCAAAUUCAGCUGCAAAUGUAUGUCACCAAUAAGAAGAAAGGUUAUUUUUGUGUGGCACAUCCAGAUUUCGAAAAAUCGAGAAAUGUUGAUAUCUUUUUAAUACAUUUUGAUUGUGACUAUGUAAGCGAUUUGUUACAAAAAGUGACAGCUUUUUGGAAAGCAAAUAUUUAUUCUCUUCUCAUAGAAAGCACCAAAUAA